AUGGCUCCAAAAGUCGCUAUCAUCAUUUACACCCUUUAUGGGCACACUGCUAUCCUAGCUGAGGCUGAGAAGAAAGGAGUUGAAGCUGCCGGAGGCUCUGCUGAUAUCUUCCAAGUCCCAGAGACAUUGUCUUCCGAUGUUGUGAAGGCUCUUGGUGGUCAGCCAAAGCCAGACUAUCCAUUGGCCACCAGAGAGACUCUACAGGAAUACGACUGUUACUUGUUCGGUAUUCCAACCAGAUUUGGUAACAUGCCAGCGCAAUGGAAGGCGUUCUGGGACGCCACCGGCGGAUUGUGGGCGAAGGGAGCCCUACACGGUAAAGUGGCUGGUCUCUUCGUGUCUACCGGUGUCGGUGGUGGUAACGAAGCCACUAUCAUGAACUCUCUUUCCACCUUGGCUCAUCACGGUAUAAUCUACGUCCCAUUGGGUUACAAGAACGCGUUUGCCGAAUUGAGCAAUCUCACUGAGGUCCACGGUGGUUCUCCAUGGGGUGCGGGCGCCUUGGCAGCUUCUGACGGUUCCAGAUCGCCAUCUGAGUUGGAAUUGAAGAUUCAUGAGAUUCAAGGUAAGAGUUUCUACGAAACUGUCCAGAAGUUUUAG